AUGAACCAGUCCUCCAACUCCUCGUCUCCGCCGGCGACGGCGGGCGCUGGGAGCGGCGUGUGGGUGACCUCGCUGCUCGGAGGCACGCUGCUGACCAUGUGCGUGCUGGGCGUGGCGGGGAACGUCUACACCCUGCUCAUCACCAGGACGGCGGCCAUGCGUAGGACCGGCUCCAUGUACGUUUACAUCCUCAACCUGGCGCUGGCUGACCUGCUCUACCUCUCCACCAUCCCCUUCGUGGUGUGCACCUACCUGGCCCAGGACUGGCUGUUCGGGGAGACGGGCUGCCGGCUGCUGCUCAGCCUGGACCUGCUGACCAUGCACGCCAGCAUCUUCAUCCUCAGCGCCAUGAGCCUGGAGAGGUACCGGGCCGUGGCCACGCCCUUCCGCGCCCGCCGGUCCUCCGCCCGCGGCCGCAGGCUGGCGGCCCUGGGCAUCUGGGCCCUGGCCCUGCUGCUCACCCUGCCCAUGAUGGUGAUGAUCCGGCUGAGGGAGAGCAGGCCCAACGCGGCCGGCCUGAGCAAGCGCAUGUGCUUCCCCACCUGGACCCUGGAGGCCUUCAAGGCCUACCUGACGGUGCUGUUCUGCAGCAGCGUGCUGUGCCCGGGCCUGGUGAUGGUGGGGUUGUACGCGGGGCUGGCCCAGCGCUACUGGCAGGCGCAGGCCAGCCUGGGGGGCGGCGGGAGAACGGUCCGGCGUCGGGGGCUGAAACAGAGGGUGGUGACCAUGAUCUUCUGCAUCAUCGUGGCCUACUGGGCCUGCUUCCUGCCGUUCUGGGCCUGGCAGCUGGUCCGACUCUUCUCCCCGGACUCGCUCCGCUCCCUGUCCCCGGCCGCCCACACCUACGUCAACUUCUUCGUCACCUGCCUCACGUACGGGAACAGCUGCGUCAACCCCCUGCUCUACACCCUGCUCACGCACAGCUACAAGGACUACCUGGCGCAGAAGGGACAGAGCUCGGGGUCCACCAGGGGGGACCCCGCGGGAUCAGCGGGAGGCUCUGCCUUGCAGGACCUGUAG